UUGAGUUGGUCGAACUAACGCUGUGAUUUAACAGAUAUUUCAAUCAACGAGAAACGUUCGGGAGUGUUAUAGGGGCGGGACUGUUUACAAAAUAAUAAUAACGCCCAAUAACGCGAGAUUAGGAUUUAGUACGAGAUAAGAUAGUUGGGAGUUACGAUGUUAUGUGAAAUGUUUUGUAACUUUCUAGUACAUUCGUUACGACAUGUUAUAACACAAUACAAAUAUAGCUAAAUUUAUUUACUCCUAUUUCACUAGUUUGUUGUGUUGUCUUUGGCGUAUUCAAAACAUAUACGAAACAAUUUGAUUUGUUUUUCAAAUACUCAUAAAUAUUUAAAUUAUGAAAGUGACAAGUUUCAAAAGUGAAAUGAUGGAAUGAUUUUAAUAGUUUUGUUUACAGAAUAGUUAAUUUUUACUUAACUCAAGAAGACCGUUAUAAUAAUAACGCACUCAAAAGAGAUGUUCACUCCCUUCGCUGCGCAAUCAUCAGGUCAAUGCCUAAUUGAAAGGAUAUCUGGCGUAUCAUAAUCAACGACGACACAUUUUUUGCGCCCCAGUAAACUGUUGAAAAUACAAACAGCUAUUUUAUUUGAUUGACGCUAGCAGUGUAAAUAAAUGGUUCAUUAUAGAAUUGUACGAUAUUUUAUCGUAAGGAUAUUCUUAACUGGUCUUACUUUGAUAUUUAUAUACUGUAAAAAAUGAAGCUGUGCUUGUUAAGUUGGAUUUUGGCAGUGCUUUUUCAACUUAUCAACUAUAAUCUAAGCGUUCUUCCUCGUGAAAAAUCCAUCUAUUACGUGGGAGCGCAUGGAAAUUUCACGUGGCCCCGUAGGGAGCUUUCUGUAUCCCUUGACGGUGAUAUUAUAUUAGGGGCGUUGCACAUGGUGCACGAGAGAAGCGAGGAACUCACAUGUGGUGCCAUCAUGAGUCAAGGAGGGAUUCAAGCCCUAGAGACUAUGCUGUAUACAUUGGAUUUUAUAAACAGGCAAGCGGAUAUCCUCCCGUUGGUCAGUCUAGGGAUGCUGGCUAAGGACGACUGUGACAGAGAUAUUUAUGGUUUAGAACAAGCGGUUGAUUUUAUCAGAGGAUCAAUCGCAAGCAUCGGAGGUUCCGACUAUACCUGUCAGGACGGAAGUACUCCUGAUCUGAAUCCUAAAGUUAUACCAGGUGUUAUUGGAGCUCCCUCAAGUGUAACAUCAAUACAGGUUGCAAAUCUGCUGAAACUAUUCAAAAUCCCACAGGUAAGCUUCUUCUCCACAAGCACUGUACUGAGCAAUCGUGACAGGUACCCCUAUUUCCUGCGUACCAUUCCAUCAGAUGUUAACCAAGCACAAGCCAUGGUGGAGCUGGUUAGAAUGUUUAACUGGACAUACGUCUCUGUUAUUUAUGAAGAAUCAAGUUACGGGAUUCAGGGGUUUAAUGAGCUUGAAAAAUUGCUGAAGCAGCAUGGGAUUUGCGUGGCAAUGACAGAAAAAUUACUGAAAGACUCUGGUGUCCCGAGCGAAGAAUUUUACGAUCACAUCGUUAUAAGGUUGAAACAAACCUCAAAUGCUAAAGGUGUAAUAAUAUUUGGCUCCGACCAGGAGGUGGGAGAACUGAUGAAAGCAGUUCGGAGACAGAAAGCAACAGGCAUGUUUUCCUGGAUAGGAAGCGAUGGUUGGGGAGGUAGAGGUCUAGCUUAUCUAGGCAAAGAAGAGCAGGUCGAAGGUGCUAUCACGGUACAGCCUUUGGCAUAUGAAGUGAAAGGAUUUAAGGAUUACUUCUUGAACCUGACACCAUUUAACAACAUGAGAAACCCAUGGUUUGUUGAAUUCUGGGAACAAAAUUUUCAGUGUAAAUUUCCUGGCUCCUCGUGGACACCUUUCAAUGAGGCCUACAAUACCACCUGCACAGGAACGGAAAAAAUAGAACCUGAUACAUUUAUCAUGGAAGCACAGCUUCAAUUCGUUAGCGAUGCAGUGAUUGCAUUUGCCUAUGCUUUACACAACAUGCAUGCCGACUUGUGUGGUCCCAUGUAUCAUGGUGUUUGUGCAGACAUGGACCCUGUUGAAGGCGAAGUUCUUAAGCAGUACUUGAUGCGAGUUAACUUUACAGGUUUAUCGGGUCAACAUUUCCAGUUUCUUCCAAACGGCGACGGUCCAGCAAGGUACAGAAUCCUCAACUUCCGCCAGACCACACCCGGGGUAUACAAAUGGGAAACUGUUGGAUUCUUUGAUAAUGGACAUCUUGUCGAUAUUUCUGACUUGAAAUUUCGGUUAGAUCAGCCAGACCACCCGGACUCCGUAUGCUCAUACGAGUGUGGGCCAGGGGAGGCAACUCUUUUCUUAGAGGGAAGUCAGUGUUGUUGGACAUGCGCAAAGUGCCAUAAAUACCAGUACCUACCUAACCCAUUUAAAUGUGAAGACUGUCCUCCGGGAUGGAAGCCAAACGGAGACAAAUCGGAAUGUGUUUUGAUCCCUAUUAUAUAUCUGCGGUAUGUUGAUGGAAUGGCAAUCGGAGCAGUAGCAUUUUCUACGAUUGGGAUUGUUAUUACCGGAUAUGUAACGGCUGUCUUUCUGAAAUACAACAGUACACCGGUUGUUAAGGCUUCCGGUAGAGAGCUAAGCUUUGUACUACUGUUCGGAAUCCUUUUGUGCUACUCUAUGACAUUCAUACUAAUAUUAAAACCAAAUUCAGUUGUCUGUGGGGCUCAAAAAUUUGGAAUUGGUCUUUGUUUUUCAGUUUGUUACUCGGCAAUUCUGAUAAAAACAAACAGAAUCUCACGAAUAUUUCGUGCCGGAAAACGAACUGCAAAGCGCCCAAAAUUUAUAAGCCCACGGUCACAGUUAUUUAUAACAGGUGCUAUUGUAGCAUUCCAAAACAUUAUUGGUGUAAUGUGGGUGCUUUUACGCCCACCCGAAGCCAUAUUCUAUUUCUCCAGUAGGGCCGACCAUCAGCUCGUGUGCAAGGACGCUGUUGGAGGAUAUUACAUGAUCGGAUUUUCUUGUCCAAUCAUACUCGUUGUCAUAUGUACAAUUUACGCCAUAUUGACUCGGAACAUUCCGGAAGCUUUUAACGAAUCGAAAUAUAUCGGAUUUACGAUGUACACGACCUGUAUUAUAUGGCUAGCUUUUGUGCCAAUAUAUUUUUCAACAGCCUACGAUAUAAAACUCAGAAUUGCUACAAUGUGUUAUUCUAUAAGCCUUAGUGCUACGGUGACUCUUGUCUGCAUGUUUACUCCAAAAUUGUAUAUAAUUCUAACUCACCCAGAGAAGAACGUGCGAAAAUCUAUGGCAACACACGUGACCCGCACGUACAUGAGUAAUGCAGCUCAACCAACAACACAGUCAAAUGCCAUAAUGUGUGGAUAUUCAGCAGUUCCGGUUUCAUCACAAAUACCAAACAAAAUGGAAAUGCUACAACCGGUGCCUCAGAAUCCUUGCCUUAGUAGGAAUGACGUGCAAAAGAAUGGAAACAGUAUAAGUACACAGACAUUAGACAGCAUGGAUGACCUGCUCAAUAACAAGGAAAAUUCUAUCACUUUGUAAACAAUGUAUCGUUUGUCUGUAACAAAUAAAACGGCUGGCUAACGUUUUCCGUAAGGAAAGUUUAAGUUUGGGUCUUAACUACUUCACAGUUGUUCUAAGUAUUGAGGAGUACAGAAGUUAUUGUGUAGAAGUAUGCAACAAUACUUAAAUAAAACGAAUCUACUUUUAUUCAUAUUUUCGUCAUGCUCGGAUAACUUGUUUUUCGGUAACUGUAACAAAACAUCCUUUAUUUGUCUAAAUCAUGUUCUGUCUUUUUUUGUACUAUUGUUCGUUAAUUGUUAUAGAUAAUUCUUACGUUUGUGUAUAAACAAUAAUAUGUUUAUUUACCUGAGAUUAUAUUUGAAAAUCUUCAUACAAAAAUUUGAUCAAACAAAAAUCAGUGGAGCUUUUAAGAAAUUUUUAUCAAUAUUUUUAAUGUUUUUAUUUUCGCUCCGCUCUUUAUCUGUAUAACGCAAUGUCUGUUCUAUAUGUAUGUACAGGAUACUUCAGAUACACAUUACCACCUAAAAAUUAAAAUGAAAAUACCCAAAGACAAAAAAUUAAAAUGCUCAAAAACUCUGAAUAGUUUUGCUUAUAUCUGUAUUUAUUAAAUACUCAUUACCAUACUGCCAGCUGAAAAA